GUCCUGAACCCCGUAUCCCCAGAUCCUGCCACAUAAAAGGCAUUUUCCAUGACUCGCACUAGUCCAAAAAAAGCCACCGAGCUUGUAUGACACAGUCAGGCUCUGACUCAGAAACCUGGUCAGCCCAAUGGUAUGUGGCGACGAAAUGCACAUUGAAACUCUACAGUCAUGGAAACGAGCAGAAACAUUCUGAUUCACACAAUCUGCGAAGCUCAUGGGGGGUUGAGAAGCGAUUGAUGGAUAAACUUCAAAGCUUAGCACCAGCCUUCACGCGUGGAACUUGAGAAUUUCCCAGGAUUUCUAAUCCCAGCAUUCAUCCUAGACGACGUUGUGAACUCUGUUCAUGAACAAACCUUGACCUUGCCAAAUAAUCAUGACUGCAGCACGAAGAUUGGAGCCCAUCGACAAAGAUGGCAACCGCCGAUAUAAACGAAUCAGAUCUCACGAUCAGGUUGAGAAUCCGUUAAUCAAGUACGUCUUGAACCAGUAUAUCGCCAUCGUUCCCGAAUUUGCCCUUGAAUGCGGUACGAAACUAUUCAAUGUUCCCGUCGCCUACCAAACGUACGGAACACUGGGACCCGGCCGCGACAACGCCAUCCUUGUCUGUCAUGCUUUCACGGGAAGUGCCGAUCUAGAAGCCUGGUGGAAUCCGCUCGUAGGCAGCGAUGGGGAUGCAGCAUUUGACACAAGCCGGUUUUUCGUCGUCUGUAUCAAUUGCUUGGGGAGCCCAUACGGCUCAGCCAGUCCGGUGACUGCAGUCGACGGCGACCUCAACAAAGGCUACUAUGGGCCGGAUUUUCCAAUUACGACGAUUAGGGACGAUGUGAAGUUGUUCAAAUUGCUGCUAGACGACCUUGGAGUAAAACAAGUCGCCGCUGUUGUCGGUGGAAGCAUGGGCGGCAUGCAUGCCCUAGAAUUUGCUUACUUUGGAAAACAAUACGUACGCACGAUGGUCUCGAUUGCAUCAUGUGCUCAGUCUUCGGCUUGGUGUUUAGGAUGGAACGAGGCACAACGACAAAGCAUUUUCUCGGAUUCUAAGUACAACGGUGGCUACUACGACUUUGACGACCCCCCAGUAUGCGGGCUCGGGGCGGCAAGGAUGAACGCAUUGUUGACAUACCGCUCCUGGAACAGCUUCGAAGAUCGGUUUGGCAGACGAGAGAAUAACGCCAGGCACGUGAACGGUAACAUCGACCACCAACAGCGCGUACAGCACACAAAUCUUCGCUCUCUGCGAUCGGAUCGGAUUGCAUCACGGACCCCAGAUGAGAAGCAUGACAGUCGAGAAUACGUAUCGAACAAGACUACAAAACCAGACACAAUCUAUGCAGCGCAAUCGUAUUUGCGCUACCAGGGCGGGAAGUUCACAAAGCGCUUUGAUGCGAACUGUUACAUUGCCAUCACUCGCAAAAUUGACUCCCACGAUGUCGCGCGUGGUCGCGCCAGCACAAGCAAAUCGGCAUUGGAAAUGAUCCAGCAACCAACCCUCAUUCUAGGGAUUCUCGACGAUGGCCUGUUCACCUAUCAAGAACAGCGCGGAUUAUCGGCUGCAAUCCCAAACGCCCAACUCAAGACGAUCGACAGCGAUGAUGGCCACGACGGCUUUUUAUUGGAGCAUGAACAGAUCAACAUGUUUCUGAACGAGUUCUUCGAACGCGAACUAGGAGAACUCACCUCCCGCCCAUCGAGAGAGCGGUCUACGCUACCAGCUAAGAGGUAGGAUGGGAAAUUGGGUAGAGAACGAGGGGUAGAUACCACGGCGUGCGAGCACAGCAUCCUGACUCGGAAGACCGCAUCGUCGACAUUUGCUUUACACUCGUUAGUUCUAUAGAGGCCGAUAUACACUGGCCAUCUGUACAGCUUUUCAGUAGUUCCAAUUCAUGCUUGCAAAUUGCACAAGCAUUUGCAUGUCUUCUACUGGCAUUGAAAAAAUGACCAAGAUUCAUUGUAUGCUCCAUAAGUAGUCCAGCGCUGGCGUCUAGGACCAAUGCUUGGGUGAUAAGUAGAAAGUCAGAUAUGAGUAAGGCCGAUGUUAACUCACCGCAUGUCAGCCAUAGAACCAUGUCAUAACAGCAAAUCACGCACAGAAGCCGGUCGUUUUUCGGCAAAUUUGGAUAGCCGAAGUCCGGGC